AUAUAAAUAAACCAUUAACCAUAACUAAAUUGUAAUCCACAAGUUGAAACAUUCUAAAAUUAGUGAAAAAGCUUAAUAUCUUACUUAAGAUCAAUAAACACUUGAUUCACCAAGAAUGAAAAAGCCACCAAUAUUUAAACAGUUUAUAGCUAUUUAGGUUAUUAUCAAAGAAGAUGGUUCAUUUGUUUCAACUGAUCAAGAAAUAAAAUGAAAACAAAGUAUCCAUUGACUACCAAGCUAGCAUUUCGUUAUCCCGAUUUAUUUUAUUCAGUGAUAAGAUAAUUGUGAAUGGACAAGUACAAAAUUAUUGGAAAUAUAAGUGCUGGGGCACAUGGAAUUGUCCUUAAAGCAAUUCGAUCAUCUAACCAUGGGACUGAUUUGAGGUCAACCGAGGACCGCGAUGAGAAGCUAUUUGCUAUCAAAAGAAUCUUUAUAAGGAAAAAAUCUUUGUCCAUUUCAGUUAUUCGGGAAAUCAAAUCAUUACAAUUGUUAAACAAACAUAUGAAUGUCACUCCAUUAUUGGAUGUUUUUGUACAAGGCUCGUCUGUUAAUAUGGUAUUUCCUUUAUAUCCAGUUAACUUGACUACUUUCAUUUAUGAAUACAAUUUAACCAACAUCCAAAGAUCCAUCUAUACUUAUAUGAUUCUCGAUGGUCUAUCUUAUUGUCACUCUAAUUCAAUAAUUCAUCGUGAUUUAAAACCAAGUAAUCUUCUCGUCGAUUGGCAAGGAAUCCUGAAAUUGGCUGAUUUUGGUCAAGCCAGACUUUUACCAGGACAAACAUUGAACCAGAAUCAGUCGACGAUUUCAAAUAGAUGUGACCCUAAACUGGGAUCCUCGGAUGUAUUGCCACAAUCAAAUGGUUUAUUGUCUCAUCAAGUUUGUACUCGUUGGUAUCGACCGCCCGAGUUGCUGUACGGAUCAAAUGAUUAUGACUGGUCGAUUGACUUAUGGUCUGUUGGUUGUGUUGUUGCUGAAAUGAAUCAAAAAUGGCCGUUAUUUAAAGGUGAAUCAGAUAUUGAACAACUAUGUGUUGUAGUCAAAUCUUUGGGUCAACCAUCAACUGAAUGGGCGGUUAAAAUGCCCGAUUAUAAUAAAGUAAUCAUUGUAUUUGACGAGAACGAUACUUCACUGAGCUGGCAUGAGAAACUAUAUCAAGCAUGCCAAGAUCCACUAGCUGUUGAUUUUGUCCGUCAAUUGAUUAAAUACGAAUCAAGACCUUCUGCUGAACAAAUGAAGGACCAUUCAUAUGUAUCAACUGCAGUGAUGAUGAUCAAUGAGCGAGGAUCAUUUGAUGAAAGGUUUUUAGUGAAUCCAAAAUCAAUUCGGCAACUUGUAGGUCCACCCAAUCCAGAUGAUCAAAAGAUUUAAUUAUCAACUUAAAACAUUUAA